AACGACACCUGUUGAAGACACGAAAUAUUGGAAGGAUAUAAGGGUGCCUGUUAUACCUGUAGUGCCCUGAUCUAAGUCCACGAUGCUGCCUGCCAAAGUCGCGUGUCCCGUGAGACACUGUUUGAAGUCCGGGCGCAGAAGCACCAGGGCUGUCUUCGCGUUACUGCUGUUGCUCUCUGCGAGUAUGGCGUGCGCCCUCAGCACCACGCUCGAAGACGACUUCCACAUCGUCCACAACCUUGAUAAUAGAAGUCCAGAGAUCGAUCCGUUCUGGUACGUGGGGCGCGGGGUGAGGCCCAUCGGGCGUUUCGGAAAGAGGCAAACUAGUAACAGCCUGAGACCAGCCGCCAGUCACCUGGAACUCCUCCUCCACAGCCUGCGGAACAGGGACAUGCAGAGCCUCGGCAAGAUACUGGCAGACGAGGAUUACGACAGAUUACCAUGACGACGACCUCAACAACGCAUUUUCUUUUUUUCUCAAUUAAAAAACAAGGAGCACCGUCAUAUCCCUCAAAGACUUGCACACAAAGUUUUAUUAAAUCUCGACACAUCAUGUUCAACUGCCGGAGAAAAUAUAACUGUAAAUAAUAAAAAUGCAAUCUAUAUUAAUAAAGAAAUGAAUUAAUGAA